GCUUUAUUCCUUGGCUGCUGCUUGAUCCUGCGAGCAAUCUAAUUGGGCCACCAGUAUUCUUCUCAGUGCUGAAUCCUGAUGGUUGUGGUAAAGCAAAUUUAAUCUUGGCCCAUGAGCUUCAAGCCUUUAUCUACAUAGGAGGCAAAAGGAAAAUAUUCGCUUAAUGGAGGUGCGGAGAAUCUCACCCCGUGCCUCUCGCAUGCGAAGCGAGCGCUCUACCAUAUGAGCUACACCCCCAUCAGUCGGAGCAUCGUAGAACCCUCUCAACAAGAUUUAUUUAUAGUCAAUCUCUGUCUCAGAGAACGCGUGGCAGUUGGCACAAAAGAGGUGCUGAAAGGCGCCGUAGUUCAAAGACGUGCCCAACGGCUCGCAUUCCACCGCACAUCUUUUUGUUUUUCCCGCAUUAAAGUCUCUUCAUUUAUUGCUCACUGUAAACACUAAUCCCUUCUCUGCAAAAGCAAUGGCAAUUACCCCUUUUCUGUAUCCCUACAGCCAGGAGAGACAAUGAAACUCACAUGCUUUCUUUUAUUAUUCAGUUACCACCAUUAAAGUUUUGGAAUAUUUAUAUACUUUUUUAUAUCUAUAUGUUCAAAGGCAUGGGCUGUUUUAAGGCACUAGACUGUAUAGUCAUUUGCCACCCUACUACAUCUCCUUAUCUCCACGGAUUUUCUGGUCGACUUUGAAGUUUUUCCAAAUCUGGGGUGACGAAAGCUGGGACUCCAGGUUCUCUUUAUAAGGAGUUUUAGAGAGGUCUUGUCAAGGGUGCAAUUGUAAAGGACAAACACACUCUUUGUUUGGAGGGGAAAUUGUCAUCUGGCAAUAAGAUUGACAUUAUGAAGGUUCAUGGGAUUUGGGUUUUCUUCUUUGUGGUCGGGUCAGCUUUGCUUGUCUUUACCUUCUCCAGCAGCUCCUCCAUUCCUGGUAUGGAGUUUUCCCAGCUUGGUAAUGGUGUGAGUAUAACAGGAACAAGUAGAAAGCUGAAGGGGAAUGGCUACAAUCUAAUCAAUGAAAAGAAGACCAAUGUCGAUCUGGAAGAUUACCAUCCAAUUGAUCCAGUUCCAAGCUCAAAGGCAUCUAUAAAACCUGGUCCCAUCGAGCACGGUAGUCCUCUUAUUCCAUUCAUACCAAAACCUUCACCUCCCGCUCAUCCCAUUAGUGGUGGUUCCACUUAGCCAUACCUAAAACUCAUUUCUCAGUAACAGAUAUGAUUUGAAGAAUGUAGCACUGUAAUCUGCAUCUGAUAUUUUAAGCAGCUUGUUUUCUGUAUCCUGUCCUGACAAUAACUUCAAGCUGCCUAUGUAUCCAGCUUAUGUUAGUGUAUGAAUGUGUGUUUGGUAUUUGAUCUUGUA